GUAAAAUAUGAUUCAUGCCCAUAUUGUUCCAAAAGUUAUUGGACCCUUUCUGCUUUAUGUUUUCCUCGCCCUCCUCUGCAAUAAUCUAGCCUAUGCCGACCCUCCGUAUUUCAUUUGUUCAAACAACAGUAAUUAUGCAGGUAAUAUUACAUUAUUUCAGAACAAUCUCCAAGAUGCCAUCUUUUCUUUAUCCUCGAAUGCUUCUGUUUCCAAAUUCUAUAAUACCUCCAAAGGAAAUGACCCAGAUGGAGUUUAUAGUCUUUACAUGUGCCUCGGCUAUGUUCCAAAUGAAACCUGCCAGACAUGCAUAACAACCGCUACACAAGACAUUUUGAGACUUUGUCCAAACACAACAGAAGCAGUUGUAUGGGAGGAGGUAUGCCAGUUGCGUUUCUCCAACAAAAAUUUCUUUGGUCAAUUGAAUGUCACAGGAAACGUUCUUGACCUGGAUAACAAGAAGAACAUUUCGGAACCAGAACAGUUCAAAUCUGUUGUGAAGGAGACGUUGAAUACUCUUACUAAGAGGGCAGCUUUCAAUCUUUCAGCUAACUUGUAUGCUACUGGGGAAGUAGCCUUUGAAGAUAACACAAUAUAUGCUCUAGUGCAGUGCACCAAAGACUUAUCCGCUGAUGGGUGUAAUUCAUGCCUUCAGAGGGCCAUAACAGAUGUUUUAACAUGCUGCUAUUUCUCUAUUGGUGCAAGACUUCCUAGUCGUAGUUGCUUCUUGAGGUAUGAGCUAUAUAACUUUUAUGAAGCUCCCACUUCAACUAAUGGGCAAGGGGGAAGCAAUGGAUGGAAAACAUGGAUGAUGGUAAUCCUUGCAGUUGCAUCAGCAUGCUUGGCGAUAGUACUUCUGGGUUUCUGUAUUUUUUGCCUUAAGAUGAGGAAGAAGGCUAAAAAAUGUGAGAGAGAAACUAUUAGUCAACAAGCAAAUAUUGGUGAUCAUUAUAUCUCAAACUUUCAUCGCACCAAUUUUCAAGGAAGAUAUGAUCCGAACACUCGGGAAUCCCCCCAUAUUGAUUUGGCAUCUAUACUAGCAGCCACCAACAACUUCUCUGAUUCAAAUAAGCUUGGGGAAGGUGGUUUUGGCCCAGUUUACAAGGGUAUACUCAGUGAUGGAAAGGAAGUAGCAGUUAAGAGACUCUCUUAUUGUUCAGAGCAGGGUUCACAGGAAUUCACAAAUGAAGUUUUACUAAUAAUGAAGCUUCAACACAAAAAUCUUGUCAGGCUACUUGGGUUUUGCACAGAGCGAGAAGAAAAGCUGCUUGUUUAUGAAUUCAUGCCCAACAGCAGCCUGGAUGUCUUUCUCUUUGAUCCAAGGAGACGUGCACAACUCAAUUGGAGCAAACGACGUAAUAUAAUAUGUGGAAUUGCAAGGGGAAUUCUUUAUCUUCAUGAGGAUUCUCGACUUAAAAUCAUUCAUAGAGAUUUAAAAGCUAGCAAUGUAUUAUUGGACUAUGACAUGAAUCCUAAGAUCUCAGACUUUGGAACGGCAAGGAUCUUAACAGGAAGCGAAGGUGAAACUAAUACUGCUAAAAUAGUUGGAACAUAUGGAUACAUGGCCCCAGAGUAUGCUAUGGAAGGAUUAUAUUCCAUUAAGUCUGAUGUUUUUAGCUUUGGAGUACUCUUGCUUGAGAUCAUAACUGGGAGAGGAAAUGCUAGCUUCCGUCGGUCAAAAGGUGCUCCUAGCCUCCUAGCAUAUGCAUGGCAAUUAUGGAACGAAGGGAAAGCGAUCGAGAUGAUGGAUCCGUUAUUGAAUGACUCAUGCUACCCGGAUGAAUUUCUAAGAUACAUUCAUAUUGGAUUGUUGUGUGCUCAAGAAGAUGCAAAUGAUAGACCAACCAUGUCAUCUGUGGCUGUAAUGUUGAAAAAUGAAAGUAUAACUCUUUGCCAACCUCAACGACCUGCGUUUUCUAUAGGGAGAUUCACGGAUCACAAUGAAACAUGUUAUGACUCUAUCAACGGCUUAUCAAUUUCCAAUAUUGGGCCUCGGUGAUGGAACCCAUAUUAGGACUGAAACUUCGUUAAUGCUUUAUCUUGUGUGCAGUACAUCAAUAGAUUAUAGAAGUUUGUAUUUGCUUAUAAUUGA